UACAGAGAGGAAAAGAGUAAGCUGAGAUCGGUCGAGGUCUAGAACAGCGAGAUUAGGAAAAUCGAUUUUUCCUGCUUUCCGCAGCGAAUGGGAAGAGUUUGUGGUGUCUACUGGAAAGUGUUUACAAAAUAAUUGAUGGAUCGUUAGAAUUUGCACAAAACUGGCCCGGUCACGGCCCUCUGGAGCAUUGGUUGCCAAUAAUAAGAUAAAUAGCUUACCAGUUUUUUCGUAAGGCGAGUAAAGUGGAUCGUUAUUUUCGGAAAAUGAGCAGCGAUGAGGAAAUAUUGGUUGGCGAACUGAAAGCGGUGUACGACUUUGUGACGCGUGCCAAGUUCCGUAAGGCUUUCGGUGCCCUGCAAAAGCUGCUCCAGCAGAAAACCCCCGAACUCACGGAACCUUCCAGAACCGUGGACGACAAGGAUUCACUGGAGGAACUGUUUCUGUUUGUGACCAGUAAAUACGCCGACCAGCUCGAGCAGGAGGAAAAAUUCCAGCAGGUGUUCGAACUCAUCGAAGAGGGACUGGAACUGUUUCCGGAGCAUCCGGAGCUGUUGAACGAAACCGGUGUCCGACUGCAACGUUACGGCCGUUCGCAGGAGGCGUCCAUUUGCUUCGAACGGGUGCUGCUGCAGGAUCCCAAGUAUCUGAAGGCUUACCAGAACCUGCAGAAUACCAAGUGUGAACUGGUCGAGCGAUGGCAUUUUCGCAUGUUGAACGACACGGUCCGGAACGCUGCCUACCGGGGUGCGAUCCAGAACCAGAUCAAAGCCGGCCAUGCGGAAGUGUUGGACAUUGGCACCGGCACCGGAUUGCUGUCGCUGUAUGCGCUUAACUGCGAAGGCAUCCGGAAGGUAGCGGCCUGUGACGGUUCGGAAAUUAUGGUGCAGAUUGCGCGGGACGUUUUCGGUGCCAACGGGUUGAGCGAUAGGAUUUGUCUGUUUCAGAGUUUUUCGCAGGAUUUGAAGAUCGGUGAUAAGUUUUCGUUGAUUGUAACCGAAACGUUGGAUUCGGGAGCAUUCGGCGAGCGGAUCUUGGAGACCUUAAUUCAUGCCAAGCGGAAUCUGCUGCUGCCAGAGGGGAGAAUCAUUCCGAGCGAAGUCAUUUUACACGUGACCGGAUACAAGUCACGUGCUCUAACUGCAAGCAAUAUUCUUAUCAACGAAAAAUUUAGCCAGGAAUUUAAUCUACCGAGUAAUUGUUUAAUUUCGAAGGAAGGGAUCAAAUGUUAUGACGCGGAAGACGUCAGUAGAAUUAAGGAGAUCGAUGAUUUCGUACUGGUGACGGAUACGGUUUGUGCGAUGACCGUCGAUUUUAAUGAUCUGGACUGUUUGGAACGGUGCCAGGAAGGGUUGGAGGAAAGCCAGUGCGAGUUGACCUGUCGGGAAGAUGAUAUUUUGGAUGGGUUUGUAGUUUGGUUCGAUCUUAUACUGGACGAAGAGAACAGAAUCUGCACGGAUCCGUGGAGUAACAGCUGCUGGAAUCAGGCAAUAUUUAAAUUGAAUCAAAGACUCCCGGUGACCAAGGACCAGAGCCUACCGUUGACUAUAUCGUGCAAAGACGGUGCCCUGGCAGUCUCACACAAUCUUAACUCUAUGGAUAAUCAAACUUGCAUUGAUGAGCACGUGCUGGAAUUUUUAAAUGAUUCAGAUUAUUACAGUAAGUUGACUGCGGAUAUCGAAGAGUUGGAUGAUUUGGAAAAGGUGCUGGAUUUGUCUCUUUUCCCGUAUGCCGGGUUGAAGCUUCUGAAGGAGGGCAAAACGUCGGUACUGUUCUGUUCGGAUCAUGCGGAGGAUCUGAUCGAAUUCAUCGCCAAUCAAAACGACAUUCCAAUGUCCGCAAUCAUGUUGAUAAGUGCGCUUCCGGAAGCAUUCCUGUUGAGUGAUUACACGUUGGAUCUGAUCAUUCUGCAACCGGUGGAUGUUUUCGGUCAAAUCAACAGUGAACAGUACUGUCAGUAUCAAUCGCUCUACCCGAAGCUGAAGCCUACCGGGUCAAUUGUCCCCUCGCUGGUGGAACUGCACGGUAGCAUCAUUCAGUCCGAUUGGAUCGUGAAAUGUUGUCGUGUCGAAAAUCCGGAACUACGCCAGUUCCACAUUGACCGAUAUCUGUCGACGUUGGAAACCGAAAAUCAUCUUGAUCUCGGUCCGUUUACCUACGAAAAUCUGUCGGAACCGAGUAAAUUGGCAGACGUUCACUUCGAUGGGAACCUUCACGAAGUGGAGAAGGAAUUGCUCCUGAAAGAACCAAUCGACCCCACCCGCAUCCAUGCCAUAUUGUAUUAUUAUCAGAUCGAAUUUAUGCCACAGCAGGGCUAUCUGAGCACGCAAAGGGUGCAGAGUUUUGCCAAACGAUCAGCUUUUAUCAUUCCGAAAGAUACAUUCCAGAGUGUUGCCGCCGGAGGUGGUGGCGGCAGCGGCGGCGGCGAAGGCGUUGGAGAAGAAACAGAAAUGAACGAAAAUGACGAGGAAGGUGGUCAGCAGAGCCACCGGAUUACGGUGGACAAAGUCAAUAUCAACGUAGUGCAGAAUCAUGGUGUUAUCAAGUGCAAUCUACAUUAAUAUGUAUUCUCUAUAGCACACAUUGUAGGACGUUUACAGAACCGUACAUUACGCUUGCACUACUAUCAGAAACAUGAGAAGAAAAAAAAAACAAUGAAAAGAAAAGAUUGAAUACACUCACACUUUCCGAGAACCCUACCUAGAGUACCUGUAGUAUUGCAAAA